CUUCUAUUACUCAUCAUGCGCAAGUCCGCAAAUUGCAAUGUUUUCGUUUUGCCUAAAUCAUAAUACGUUUCGAGUUGAUGUCUAAAGAAACUGCCUAGAGUCACUUUUUUAUUAAUGGAAAUGGGGUAGCAAACAGUAAAAUAACAAUAAUAGUAAUUUACGUGAAUAAGGACGAACUCUUUGGCAUGUUGUUCCGUAGAUUUUCUACACUUGUGUGUGUCGUCACAGUUUUAUUUUUUUCUAAUUAUGAAGUAAUUUCUCUUGAAACUACUAAGUCCGGAACUGCAAUUAAAGUUGGACAUCAAGCAAAACCGACAGCUACAAAUGCUGUUAGUAUUUCUGUCGCAAAUUCCAAUUCUACCGUAUCUGGAAAUCAGUCUCAUGUUGAAGUGUCUAAUGACACAGAUGUCUCAAAUGAUACGUCCUGGCUCACAACAUCUACUGCUUCUUCUCUGGAUGCAAUCCUUCCUCACAAAGGUGCUGCAGAGGAGGAGCAUCACUCAAGCAUGGCCAUAUUUUUUGUGCUCAUAGUUAUGGCUCUUUGUAUAUUGCUUAUUCAUCUAUUGAUACAGACAAAUUUUCAGUACUUACCGGAAAGCUUAUCAGUUGUUUUUCUUGGUGCACUGAUUGGCUUAAUAUUGAAACUUUUCUCCAACAAUAACUUAGGAAAUUGGCAGAAAGAAGAAGCAUUUAAUCCAACUACAUUCUUUCUCGUUCUUUUACCACCAAUAAUGUAUGAAUCUGGUUAUAAUUUACAUAAGGGAAACUUUUUCCAAAAUAUUGGCUCUAUUUUAGUUUUUGCAAUAUUUGGCACAGCAAUAUCAGCUUUCGUAAUUGGAGGUGGUGUUUACCUUCUUGGGUUGGCUGAUGUUGCAUACAAAUUAAAUUUCACAGAAAGUUUUGCUUUUGGUUCACUUGUAUCUGCUGUUGAUCCUGUUGCCACCAUUGCUAUUUUUCAUGCUUUAGAUGUAGAACCAGUGUUAAACAUGUUGGUUCUUGGUGAGAGCAUUUUAAACGAUGCAGUAGCUAUUGUAUUGGCAACGACUAUUUUACAAGCAUCUUCUCCUGAGAUGGCAAGCAUGUCAACAGGAGUGGCUAUUUUACAUGGUGUUGGACGCUUUUUUGUUAUGUUCUUUGCAUCAGCAGCUAUAGGAGUAGUUUUUGCCUUAACUGCAGCUUUACUUUUUAAAUAUGUUGAUCUUAGAAAAAAUCCAUCCUUAGAGUUUGCUAUGAUUCUUGUUUUUACGUAUGCACCUUAUGGUUUGGCAGAAGGAUUGCACUUAUCUGGCAUAAUGUCCAUUCUUUUCAAUGGAGUUGUCAUGUCACAUUAUACUCAUUUCAACUUAUCUCCUGUAACACAGAUAACUAUGCAACAAACUCUAAGGACAUUGGCCUUUUUUGCUGAGACUUGUGUUUUUGCAUACUUGGGUCUGGCAAUUUUUAGUUUUCGUUUAAUUAUCAAACCUUCGUUAGUUGUAUGGAGUAUAGUAUUGUGUUUAUUUGGAAGAGCUUUGAAUAUUUAUCCUUUGAGUUAUAUUGUAAAUCAUUUUCGAGAGCAUAAAAUAAACAAAAAGAUGAUGUUCAUUAUGUGGUUUAGUGGUCUGAGAGGUGCUAUAUCAUAUGCUCUGGCCCUGCAUUUAGAGUUUGAAGAUGAGAAAAGACAUGUUCUUGUUACUACAACUUUAAUUAUUGUUUUAUUUACAACAUUGAUAUUGGGUGGAUCAACCAUGCCAUUAAUGAAGUUCCUGAAAGCUGGCAAAAAGCCCAGGCGGAAAAGAAAGGGGCAAGAUACAGAAAUUUCUCUGAGUAAAACAAAAGAAAUGGGUAAAACAAUUGAUGCUGAACAUCUGUCAGAAUUAACUGAAGAAGAAUAUGAAGUUAAUUUUAUGAAAAGUAAUCUCAAAGGUUUUGUUAAAUUAGAUGUCAAAUACCUCAUUCCCUUCUUUACUAGAAGAUUCACUCAUCAGGAGGUUAAAGAUUGCAAAAGUCAAAUGACUGAUCUUACAAAUCAGUGGUAUCAAGCUAUACGUGGUCCUUCUGAAACUGAUGAAGGUUCUGAUGAAGAAGUAGAAAUAAGAAAUGUGAUAACUCCAAGUGAAUGACAAAAUGAGGGUUUACUGUAUUGCAGAAGAUUUUUGAAGCAUGUCCUUGUUUGCUAGCUUGAGAAAAUUUGUUCAGUACCAAAGUUUUUUUUGGAUUGUUUUUUAUUUUAUGCAUUCCUGUAGUUUAAUAACUCAAAGUUAAGUAACAACAGCAGUAAUACACCUUUUGUUUAAUUAUAUGAUUUUAAAUUACUUAAGAUUUUUUUUAAGUUCAGGAAAUGUUUUCCCCAGAAGCAUUAAAAAAUAAAUAAACUAAGAGAUAGAUAAAUGAAUAAAUGUAAUUUUUGACAGUUGAAUAUAGUUCAAUAUACUAUUAAUUUCAAUUCAAGAUUUCAUUUCAGUUAUUAUUAUUUAUUAUUAUUAUUUUGUAAUCUGUGGUUUACUUUGGAAAAAUAGUCUUAUCUCUGCUGUUGCAUAUUUCAGUAUGAGUGUACCCUAAUAUUUUUUUCGGAACACUAUUUUAGAAUUCAAGUGUGUACUUUUUGCCAUGAAGAAUCCCCCCCCCCAAAUAUUUUUUAUUUUGAAAUUCGUCCUUUUUAUUGUAUUAUAUAAUUUGUUUCCAGAGUAAUGGAAAAAUGGAUCUGAAUGAGUCUUUGGACAUUUAUAGGGCAGAAUGACAUGCUAUAAGUUUUGAUUUAAUUUUUAUUUGUAUGGUUACUAUAUUUCAGCAUGUUAUGUUAAUUACCUGAAACAUAAAAUAAUAUCUAAUUUGUUCUUUUCUUAAUACUAGUUUCCUAUCAUUAAAUACAUAGGUUAUAAAUAUUACUAGUCAUUUUAUUUUUGUAAUUCAAACAUAUAUGCUUAUGAAUUUUCUUUGAUGCAUUUUGUUCAUUUUUAUGGUUGUGAAAGACUCCAAGUAAUUUGAGUUUGCUAAAUUUUUUUUGUUCUAGUUUCUUGUUUUAAAGUGUGAUACUUUGAGGAUAUUACAUUUAAUUCUUAAUGUAGUGAUAUUUGUUUUUGAGAUUUUGAUUUGAUGCAUUGUUUAAAUUUAACGUCAAUGGAGAUGUAUAUAAAUCAUGCAAUUGAAUGUUACCGUGAUAAAAUUGUUUCAGAUAUUUUAUUUUCACGGAACUUGUAUUGCAGUUCAUUCAGACAAAUACGAAGAUAUGUUACAUGAUUCAGCUAUUUAAAAAAAAUAAAUAAAAUAUCUUAUAUUUCAUUAAGCUUAUAUUUGUACUUAUUUUCAAAAUGAACUCUUUAAAGGAUAUAUUGAGAAAUUUAUAAAAUUUGUUUUAUCAAACUUAUGUGCAUUACUAUAUCUGAUAUUUAUAUUCAAAACUAUUCUAACUAUAAUUCUUUUGAAGAAACUGAUAAUUUCUUUGUAAUUAUGAACAGUACUGUAAAAGAAGAAAAAUAUUAUUUAUAAUAAAGGUUUAUAUCAAAUCUCAGAAA